AUGGGUCUUUUCCACCAUAAUGAGGAAGAAUAUGAAAAGGUUGUGAAUGCCGACGAAGGCAAUCAAGCGCAUCUUUCCCAUGAACUCAUUGCUGCAGCCGCAUCAUAUGAGGCUACGAAAGCAUGGGAAAAUCAUAAGGCUUCUACAGGUGAAGAGGUGAACCACGGAAAGAUGAAGGAAUUUCUUGCUGGUGCAGCUGGUGCAUUCGCUGUUAAGAUAGCGGAGACCAAGGGUAGAGACUUUCUAGACAAAAGGGAGGCAGAAAGGCACGCAAAGGAGUACAUUGAAAAUAAUUACAGGGAGUAG